AUGGCAAACAAUGCUAUCGAUAUGCAAGACACAUCUAUAUCGAUAGCAGAAGGCAGUGACUAUGGCAGUGACCUGGACGAAGCCACCGUAGACGCCCUCUUCUCCCACACCUCCCCCGUCGCCGUCGACAACCCGGAAGCACCCACCAUCCUCGACGACCAUGGGGACGAACGCCCGCUGGCACGUCUGGCUAAGAUCCGGCAGAACUUGCAUGAGGCACUUGCUGGACUCGACGAGGUCACGCGAUCACUACGGCCGGAAGCACUUCAGCGCGACGAUUCGACGAGGACUAUCGAGAUCGAGUACGACGGGCAGGAGCGGAGCAUCUUCUCUCCACCUCCACCAGACGCAAACCAGCAGCGACGACGUGAGCAAGCACCCGAAGUACCAAUACCAGAAGAACAAGACGAUCGCUCCCCCCUCCUGCGCUUCCGCACACCACCCAAGAAAUGCCUAUCCGUAACCGACCUGAUCUCGCCCGCCUGGUGCGAGCUCCAGUAUUUCUACAACCUCUCCAAAUACGGCCGGGUCAAGCGCACGAAAGCCAUGAAGCAAGGUUCAAGCGUGCAUAAAGUGCUGGAAGAGCAAGUCCAUACUGAGGUGCCUGUGGAUGUCGUCACCAAGGAGGAUAAAUUCGCUUUGAGGUUGUGGAAUGUUAUCCAGGGUUUGCGGACGCUGAGGCAGACGGGGAUGACGAGGGAGAUGGAGGUUUGGGGCGUGGUGGAGGGAGAGGUGGUGAAUGGGGUUGUGGAUCAGAUUACUACUACUUGUCCGGAUGUUGAGGCUGAGGGAAGGAUGUUGGAGGAUGCAGAGGGUGGGAGAGAGGACAGUGGGAAGGUAAAAGCUUUGGAGCAAGACCAGAGGACGUUGACGCAAUAUUUCGCCGGUCCGCAACAGGUCUCAAUAUUGGAGAAGAGCGGUUCGCGCCUGGAACAGAACGGUGGUGCUUGGCUAGGCACCCUGCAAGAGGAGAGAGAACGACCGACAACAUUCUACAUCGUAGACGUCAAAACCCGGCAAUCCAAAACCCUCCCACCGUCAGGCAGCCAAACCCGACCAACCCACUACCAACUAAUGAUGUACCACCGUCUCUUCACCGACCUAGCAUCCAACAGCGUCCCCGCCGACCGCAUCUUCGCCCGCUACGACGUCGAUCCCAAUCUGCCGUUCAGCGAUACCUUUAUUGCGCAAAUGAGCAGUCUUAGCCUUGAGGCGGAGGACAUACCUUCUGCCGGCACAGAGGCAUGGGAUGCACCAUCACAAGCAAGUAGCCGGGCGCAAGAUCCUCUGGAUGUCUUAUUAGCGCACAACACCCUCACCACCCUCUGGACCCUCAUGAUACAGAAAUACACGCACCUCAAAACCAGCCCCACCACCACCAUCUCGCCCCUCCUUACUGCGGAAUUCCGCUCUUCGUCCAGCGGAGACUUACUAGGACGAAAGCAUUUCCUCUUCUCCGCGGAACAGCUACAGAGAUACAUUUCGGAUGAAUUAAGCUGGUGGCGAGGCGAGAGGCAGACGAAGGGCGUAGAAGUCGAGGAGGCGUACAAAUGCCGCCUUUGCGAGUUCGUGGAGGGGUGUACGUGGCGGAAGGAGAAGGUGGAGGAAGGGGUUAGAAGGGCGAGAGUGAGGAAGGAGGGAAAGACGAUGGUGGGCCAGAAGGGAGGGUGA